AUGUUAUAUUGUUAAAACUCUAUAAAUUAGAAGGAUUUAAAAUUGAGAUUGAAGAAAUUGAUGUUAUUGGAAGAAAAAAGAUAAUUAGAAAGAGUUUAUUUAAAUGAAAAAAUAGGAUUAACAAAUUAUCAUAUUUAAGUAAUAGAUGAAAUUGAUAGAAAAAUUUAUUAAAUUGAAAAUGAUAUUUAAUAACUAUUUAAAGUAUAACCUUUUAAAAAAUCAACAUCAAUGAAAGAAAUAUAAAUGAUAUCAUUUGAAGAAUGUAGAGGAGAUCAUAAAUCUUUUGAAAUACAUAGUGAAUAAGAUGAAAGAUAAUAAUAAUAAAUAUAUGAAAAAGAAGAAAAUAUAAAAGAUUUUAAGAAAUCUGAAAAUGAUAAUUCAGAUGAUGAAUCUAAAAUAGUAUAAACCAAAAAAGUAAUUUUCUGAAAAUUUAAAAGAUUUAAUCAUUCAUAUUCUUGCUCAUGAUACUUACAUUAGAGAAUAAGAAUAAUAAUAAAAUGAAAUAGACGAAAAGAAAUUAUCAGUAUUAAUAUUUGUGUUUAUAGCACAUUACUUUUAAGUAGUAUGUGUUUUAUUAAUACUAAUAUUAUUGCAUUAUUUUAUCCAUUUUCAGCUUUUCUUUAUGGAUUAUUAGAGAAUCCUGUUCCAUCUAAAAGAUAUUGGAAUUUUCUAUUAAUAUAUGCCAUAAUAAUUAUUUCAUUAAAGUUUAUUUAUAAGAUGACAAUCUUUUGUGAUUCACCUCCAUAUACAUUUAUUGGAUUCGCUUAAGAAGAAGCAUGUGAACCUAGAGUUACAACUCAAUAAGUGAAAAUUACUAGAAUUGAUUAUGUUAUUGGUAUUCGAAAAUAUUAAGGAGCUGAAACUUUUAUGAAUGCAAUCUGGAUUGAAUUUCUAUUAUUUAUUGCACUUUUAAUACAAAGAUAUUUAUUAUAAACUUAAGGUAUUUGGGAUUAUAUGAAAAUAUCAUUAGAUUAAUAUUUCAUCCAUAAUACCAAUAAUAAUAAAUAGAUGAUGAUAUUUAAAGUGAAAAUCUAUAAGACUCUAGUUUUAAAGAAUCUAUAUAAGAAAGUGAUGAUUUUUCAGAAAAUCAUUAAGUAUAAGAAUAAUAAAAAGAAUAAUAAACUAUUAUGA